GGGACUUUGUUUCACAACUGGAUAAAAAAAGCUUUUAUAGUUUGUUGUUGUACUCGUUUCAAUCCUCCUUGCUUUAUUGCUGCAUGGAAGUAAAAUUCCUGCUAUAGUUGUCUCAUCCUAAGCCAAGACUACCGCUCUUUUACAAGCUGGUGACCUCCGAAAAUUGUCAAGCGUCGUUUGAAUCAAAGACCACAGUCUUCUUGUCUUCUUUCCAUCUAUACUUCGUUGCAUAACUUAGUAGUCAAACUUAAGCUUAAGUCAAAUUAAUUGAUAGUAAUCAUCAAUUAUGUCGAGCAAAAUGCGUGUAUUUGGAUGGAUCCCUAGUUCUGAGAUGGUUUCGCAGGCGUUUGUGGAUAAAUUUUCCAUUUUCUGGCGUUACAUGCCAGGCACUGUUGGUAUUGUCGUUGCUGGUAUCAUCACAAUGAUCUUGGGUAGCGCUCUCAGAGGAGAGUGGACACUAGUUCUUGUUUUGGCCUGCAAACAGCUUGGUAUUAAGCUACCAGCUAGCCAGUCGGUAGACGAUGAUGUACCAGGUCUAAUGGAAUCAAUAGGAUUAAAGGAUGUUCAUUGGCACAUACUGACCAACGUACUUAGUUCUACUGUUAUCUACUUCACACUUGGUGGCUUCUUACAGUGGUACUUCUACAUCAGACAAAGGGGAAGACCAGAAGAUUGGAAAUGUCAGCCAAAAAGGUUUCUUUCACGAGAAGAGGAGAUUCACGAGAUCACCCUGGGUACCAUCAACAUGAUGAGCGGCGCUGCUGUAUUUGGGGUUAUUUCUUGUUACAUUGCCAAUGGUGGGUUUACUACUUUAUACUAUGACCCACUUGAAAGAGGCUGGCUUUAUCUGUUCCUGUCCACCAUACUUUUGUUCCUGUUUGAAGAUGCUUGUGCAUAUUACUACCAUCGCAUGCUCCACUGGCCGUUCUUCUACAAGCGAUUCCAUAAGAUACACCAUCGCUACAAAGCUCCUACUGCUUUCAGUGCUACAGCAAUGCAUCCUGUUGAGUUCUUUGGAUUCCAGGUGUUCAUCAUUGCCCCAGUGUUCAUAAUGCCAAUCAAUGCAGGAGUAUAUGUUGGUAUCUUAAUGUACCUAUAUUACUUCGGCAUGGUGGAUCAUUCUGGUAUUAACAUGUAUUCUAUUGUGCCAUGGCAACCACCAGUUAUGUUUCAUGACGAUCAUCACAAGUACUUUCAUUGCAACUUUGGCUUCAAUUCCCUGAUUUUUGACCAGUUCCAUGGAACUCUUCGUAGGACAGACCGCUUCUACUCGGAGGAUACGUUUGGUGGCAAAGGAAAGCCUUUAAACAAGGCACAAAAAGCCCAAAAAGAAUUACUAGAAACCACAGAUUAAUGAAAUCCUAUCUCUAUUUUAAUAAUAUUAUUGCUGAAAUAAUUCAAUGUUAUACAGGAUAUAGCUUUUGAUUAUUUAAGAUAAGGUAAAAUAUCCUUGCUGUUUUAGGAUUUUAUAUGCAUGUUAUUUUAAGGUGAAUUAUAAAUUACUGUAGCAAAAA